AUGUCCAGUAAGUUCAAAGGCAAACAGCGAGCCGACGACUUAUACCGUCCCGCCCUGGCUCUCGCCCGGCGCCCCACCGAUGCGUCCGACAUCCUUUCCUCCCAAAUCUCCACUUUAGCUCUCGAACCCUCCGAGAAUAUCUCCCCGGACGACGAACGAAUCCUUGAAAUCGCUACUAUCGCUGUAAUCUAUCCUGAAUUCUCUAAAAUCGGAAAACUCGGCGGGUCUAUCGAAAUCGAAAUAUCUCCAUCUGCUCCCAUAACCACAAAUUUUACGUUACUUGAUGGCGCCGAAGAUGUGAAAAAGGAGGAAACGGCAGAUCUUUCGCAUCUACCACCCCUUGUGUUUGAAUUUCAGCUGCCGUUGGGGUACCCUUAUUCUCAGCCGCCGAAUAUACGGCUUGUCAGUACCUGGUUAGAACCAGAAGUUAUUAGAAGGUUGAAGGAGAACUUAGUUGAAACAUGGGAGGGACUGAGAGAUCAAGUGAUCUUUGCGUGUAUUGAUACACUUCAGAGCGCUGCAGACCAGAUGUUUGAUCUUCCAAUCCCUCUGGAUGUUAAGGUGAACCAGAAGGAAAAAAUUGGGAUUCUAGAAUUCGACCAAGCGACAAAAAUCAAGAAAUUUAAUGAAGGAACUUUCGAUUGUGGAGUCUGCUUAGAACCUCGAAAAGGUGCAACGUGCCACCGCAUCAACCAAUGCGGUCACGUCUUUUGCAAACCAUGCCUAAAAGAUUACUUCACCGCUAUGAUCAAAGAAGGUGAGGUUGGUAGCGUCCAAUGUCUUAAUUAUGUCUGCGGAAAAGACCUGCCUGCCGAAGAAGCCAUCGACGAAGAAGGAAACAUCCACAAGAUACCCCGAAAACCCGGUGCCAUAGCUCCCGCUGAGCUACAGCUACUCCUAGAAGCAGAUAUCGUCGAGAGGUACCUAAAACUAAAACGCAAACGCGCAUUCGAGAGCAUGAAGAACGUGGUUUACUGUCCCAGGAACUUCUGCAAAGGCCCGGCCUUACGAGAUAAUGCGGAAGAUCAAUUGGCAAUCUGCCAGGAUUGCCAUUUGGCAUUUUGUGCAAAUUGUGGGAAGUCGUGGCAUGGAUAUAAAUUUUCAUGUCGAACUCCUGGCUCUAAACUUACGGUAGAGGAAGAAAAGGAAGCAAAGCUCACUGCAGAAUUUCUGGAGUCGAACUGCACACCUUGUCCCACUUGCCUUAUUCCAAUCUCAAAAUCUGGAGGCUGCAAUCAUAUGUAUUGCUCGAGAUGCUGGACUCACUUUUGUCUCCUAUGCGGAGCCUUCUUGUUCCCGGAUAACCCAUACCAGCAUUACAACCAACCGAAGAGCUCUUGCUACAAUAGAUUAUGGGAGGGAGUCGAUGAAAGCGGAAAUAUUGUCCCCCCUGCACCACCACCUCCCCCACCGGAGGAACCUCAGCAGCCCAUGAUGAUUCAAAUCGUGGUGCCCGGGCAAGCUCCACGGGAAGUUAAUAACCCCGUUAACCCAGUUGCAGCUCCUGUAGAAGUAGUUGCGGGUGAAGAGGAGACAGCAGGUCCAGAUACCGACGGAAACGGGCUCCCCGAAGAAAUAGUUGACCGACUAGAGGGGAACGAGGAAGACGAACAAGAAGAUGUAAAUCUUGGGGUCUUGGAGGCACUCAACGAUGAAGACGAGUCAGAAUUCUGGAUUAUCUAUAGCGCCAACGAAUGCUUCUCGGAAGGCCAUAACAUGCUCGACGAGGGGCUUAGUCUCAUCGAAAUCGCCGACUUUCUCAGAGACUGGGCUACGUCCAUAAACCAACACCGAAAGAACAAAAUGGGUCUAGGGGCUUAUUGGCGAAGACUUAUCGAAUGGAGAAGAAGAGUUCGAGAUCCCAGGAUGAAGAACAAGGGUGUUGAUUUGGGAGAGUACAAAUUUACAGACGAAGCGAUUAGAGUCGCAAUGAUGACCGAGAGAACAGAAGAACCAGAAUUGAUGAGACGAUGGUGGGAGAUUUGGAACGGAGGUAUGAGUGAUAUUGCUGCGAAUAGAGAGUGGAAUGAAGAUGAAGUCAGGAUAGAAGAGGGAGUACUUGACGGUAUAGUUGACCGGCACCCGAGAUAG